AUGAACAUUGAAGGUCAUGUCAGAAACUUUGAAACACAUGAACUACCAGCAAUGUUAGAUAAGAAAGCAGACAAAACAGAGCUUCAAACAUUAAAGACAGAAAUACUUCAAACAUUAUAUCCUAUAGGUUCUAUUUAUACGUCAAUGAACUCAACAAAUCCAGAAGUAGUACUUGGUUUUGGUACAUGGCAGCAGAUUGUAGACAAAUUCUUAUACUGUGCUAACUCUUCAAAGCAAACAGGAGGUUCGAAGAAAAUACUGAAGCAAACUUCCACCGCACACUCAUACAAACGACAAACUUUCUGGCGACCAUAG